AUGGUGGUAUCUAAGGAGUACUGUGAUUGGAGUGGGUCUCGGACAGUGAAAGCUAAACAAAUGCAAGAUGUAGUGCUUGAUAGCAAGUUUUGGAAUGAUUGCUUGGUAGUGCGUAAAAUUGUGGAGCCAUUGUUACGUUUGUUGAGAAUUGUUGAUUCUGAUGACAGAUGGGAUAAACAGUUGCAUAAAGAUAUCCAUGUUGCUGCUUAUUGGUUGAACCAUGCUUUUCAAUAUGAUCAAAAAAAUUUAUGCACCAAACCAGAAAUUAUGCGUGGGCUAACGAAGGUCAUUGAGCACAAAUGCGUGGAUCCUCAAAAUGAGAUGGUGAAUGAGAAUAAUGAAUGGUGGAGAACAUUUGGAUACGAUAUUCCAAAUCUUCAAAAGUUGAUUGUACAUCUUCUUAGCCAAACUGCCUCAUCUUCUGGUUGUGAAAGGAAUUGGAGUGUGUUUGAGAGGGUACAUACAAAGAAGAGGAAUAGGUUAGCCCAUGAAAGACUAAGUGAUCUUGUCUUUGUUCACUACAAUCUUCGUUUGCAAAAGAGGGUUUACAACAAGAAUAAACUAUUUGAUCCCUUGGAUUAUGAAAACAUUGACAAAAUAGAUUGUUGGGUCAUACCUGAAGAAGAUUUACCCGAUCUUAACAUGGAAGAUUUGGAGGAAAUGGCAUCUCGACCGGAACCAACCUCUUCUCAAGCACAUGGGAGUACUGGUGGUGAUGGUAGCGGUAGUGGUGUUGGUGUUGGUAGUACUGGUGGUGAUGGUACUGGUAGUGGUGUUGGUGUUGAAAGAGGUUUUCGUGAUGAUAUGAUUUAUGAUAUGAGUAGAGUUAUGACUAGAGGUGUAGGAGAAUGA